UGCCGGUGCGGGUUGUGUGAGGUGAGGCGGCGGUGGCGGAGCCGGAGGCAGAGCCCGGAGCCCGCAGCUCUCGGCCCGGCGCCGCCUCCUCCUCCCGUCCCGCCGCUUCCUGAGGGGCCCGGCAUGGGGCUGCCUGGCCCAGCUGGCCCGCGGGCUGGUGCGGGGCGCCGACCGCAUGUCCCCGUUCACCAGCAAGCGCGGCCCCCGCAGCCACAACAAGGGCCGCGGGGCCAAGAGGCCGGGCGUGCUGACCGCCAACAAGAAGUUCCUCCUGGUCAAGGAGAUGGUGCCGCAGUUCGUCGUCCCCGACCUGGCGGGCUUCAAGCUCAAGCCCUACGUCUCGUACCGCGCCCCCGAGGGCUCCGAGCCGCCGCUGACGGCCAAGCUGCUCUUCAGCGAGGUGGUGGCGCCGCGCAUCGAGAAGGACGUGAAGGAAGGCGCCUUCGACCCCAACGACCUGCAGAAGUACGGCUUCGAGCCCACGCAGGAGGGCAAGCUCUUCCAGCUCUUCCCCAAGAACUACGUGCGCUAGGGAGCGAGCGGGGGGAUGCCCGCGGCCGCUGCCGUGAGCGGUGGUGGGAGAGACUGGAUCUGCGCCCACAAAUCCGGGACUGUUUCUGUCAGUGGGUAUUAAAAGCUGAUCCUUCCGCUUUGUC